AGUCUCGAAUGAAACUCAAGGGAUCUUGGGACGUUUCCCCUGUAUAGACGAAAAUUAUAUGAAAUUUCAGAAAUCUUAUUCCCUUCAAUACACAAUAUUUAUUAUUAAUUUCUUAUAUUGAAGUCAUUCACCAAAAUAUUACAAGAUAAUUAUCUCUAUUGGAUGAUUUGUCUCGCUGAUCAGCACCAUUAAUUCGUGAUUUUGGCUUAUUUUUGAUUCGAACUUUAUAUUCGUGGAAAUGUCGGCUUUAAGUUGGACUUUUCGAAAGCUUUUCUCUGUUGUUUGUUUAUUAUUGUCUUUCAUAAAGGCUAUAUUAAGUAGGAUAAUAUGUAGAAGUAGACGUCAUAGGAAAAAUUCGGGUAGUUUACUACCUUUUAUUGAUCCUCAAGCAAAUGCCCCCCAAAUGGACAUUCCUCCUCAGCCAUUAUUAAAUAAUGAGGUGGAACUUCAAUCUUGGGAAUCUUGGGGGAAUGACAGUUCUCCUGCAAACUCUGCUAAAGUUCCACAAAAUCCUGUAAAGCCGAAUAAAAUAAGACCAACAGUCUUUAGCAAAGCAAGAGAUGUUGAACCAGAACCGGAGCCGGAUUACUUUGUCGAUAUGAAACCUGAUGUUCGUAAAAAUGCAAAGAUUGUCAUAAAGAAAAAGGAAAAUUUCGAUGGAAUUUCAAAUAGAUUAGCUAUGUCAAAUGAUUUUGGUAAUCAGGGAGCAGAACUUGGUUCAUGGGACGAGUAUACUGCCGAUUCAAUGGCUAGUGGUUGGGGUCAAGAAGACUUGAGUGAAGAAGCAGAGGAAGUUUUAAAAGAACAAAAAAGAAUUGAAAGAGAAAGGAGGCAUCAAGAACAAUUAAGGAAAAAGGCGGAGCGAGAAGCUAAACGAACAGCAAAAUUAAAAUAAUAGAUACUAAAAAAUUAUCAACAAAAGAGAUAACAAACUGAACAAAUAAUUCUGUUUUAUUUAUCUUUAGGCUGAUGAAUCUUUCUUCUUCUUCUUGUCUUUCUCUAUCAUUUAUUCAUUAUAUCCUAUAAAAAAGUUAUGUUCCAUUCAAAAUUAAAAAGAAAAAUGAGACUUUUGAUAGAGCUAAGAAAAAGGUAAAAAAUAAUUAAACUUGACAAACUUUCUGACUUCAAAUCUAAUAGAAUCAAUAAGCAAAAAAGCCUUUUUUUUAGUUUUAAUCUUUAUUUAUAUAUAAAAUAUUAAAUAGUUUAAAUAAUAAUAUGCAAAAAAUAAAUAAAUUUGGAAGUUGCUUGUUUAAAAAUGUAUAUUCAUUUGUUUUUUUGUUUUAAUUAAAAUAUUCUAUAGUUUCAAUUGGAGUAGAAAAUAAUUAAUUAUAAUUUUUAAAUUAACAUUACUCUUGUUUUUUAACCAAACAUUGAAUUGUGAAGAGUUUCUAGCUCGUAUUCUCUUUGUUUUUUUCUUGCCUUCUGCCUUUUAUAGUUUUCGUAUUCUUCGUCGUCAGUCUCCAAUUCAAAACGACAUACGGGGCAGCUAUUUGUUUUUUCAAGCCAAGUUUUAAGACAUUUUGGAUGAAAAUUGUGUUUGCAAGGCAUAAUCAGAACUAUAUCAUCGCUUUCAAAGGUUCCCAAACAGAUUGAACAAGUUUUGUCUGGGGCAUCUUGAGCGUGUGCUGUUUUUAGAUCCUGUACGGCUUUCUUUGAUGCAGGAGGUGGCGGUGCUUCUCCCAUAAGUUGAGUGUACAAUGUGUCCCAUGGAUUAGACCAACCUAAGAAAAAUUCUCAUUUAAAUAGUAAACACAAUUCACCUAUAUAUCUAAUCAACGCUACGCUUUUUAUAUCUUUGGUAAUUAGGUCAAAAUAUCUAAAAAUCGUGUACAAAUACAAUCUGAAAUUGACAACAUAUUGAUUUUUUACAUCAAAAUCGAAUAAAAAAUUUAAUCCAUCAAUUAUAAUGCAGAUCUACAAGGUAAAAUAAAUAUAAACAAUGCGGUCAUGACAUUAUCAUACCUCCAUCAAGGAGCAAUCGGG